UUCUGUGGACACAGUGAAGAUGUUUGGAUCAGAGAUGACUCUGUCUGUGACCGUUCUGAUCGUACUCACUGGAGCUCUUUGUUCUUCUGCAGGAACGCCCUCUCACGACUUCCACUACAUCUACGGCUGCUAUGAAUCCGACGAUGUGCGGGUGGACGUCGUCGUUGACGGGGACGUGGCCGCGUACGCUGAUUUCAGCAACGAAGAAGUUGUGUUCUCCAUGCCGCAGCUGCCUCAGUUUUUGAAAGACUUAAAGAAGAAGGCUUAUGAGAUUGCCAAAUUUAGCAUUGCUCACUGUCACAGUGUUCUGGGCAAAGCGAGGAAAGCUUCGGAUCCGGGUGUUCCCAAACGGCAAGACGCUCCAGACAUCUCCAUCCACAGCCGGUACGAGGGCGAGGACGGCGUGGUGAACACUCUCUUCUGUCUGGCCGAUCACUUCUACCCUCCGUCCAUCAACUUCACGUGGACAAAGAACGGGGCGAAGGUCACAGACGGGGUAUCGGACCUGCGUUACAGACACAACAGUGACGGGACGUUCCACAGGAUUUCAACCCUGAGUUUCACCCCUCGUCAGGGGGACGUUUACUCGUGUUCGGUGGAGCAUCAAGCCUCGUAUCGGCCUCUCCCCAGGAGCUGGGAGCUGCAGGAGGGUCAGAGCAGAGUGAGUCCUGCAGCUGGAUUCUUCGGUGCGAGCCUCGUUUUGUGUCUGAUCGGAUUCGGGACCGGAGCCUACUUCUUCACCAAGAAGCAGAAUUAGUGCCUUCACAUUUUGGGGAUGUUACUGAGAGAAGCUCAACCAGCAUUCAACCUAGCACCUGCGUGUUUUAUAUACAAUACUUGUACAACCUCCCCUCUUCAACGAGGUUGGUAUUCUAUGUACAUUAAAGCUACUGUGAAGAACUUUAACCUGGUUAUGAAACAGUCUUAGUUUUACCUACAUGUGUAAACAAGACCAUCAGAGAGAAGAUUGUCUAUUUCUGUAUAGUUAUUAUUAAAGCUCGUCAUCGGAGCCACCGGGUCGCAUUCUGGUGAAACCAAAUGAACUCAGGCAGGUUCACCAGAAACUCCUUCAGCUCAGACUCAAGCAGAGACCAGUCCACCGUGGACAGACACAGAUCCAGCAGAGACCGGUCUACCAUGAAGAGACCCAGAUCCGGCUUUAAUGCAGCCUUCGACCUGCAGUCAGAGCUCUGUAGGGAGGAGCAGAGCUCAGCGCCUGGCAGUAGAGUCUCCUCCUCCCACCAGGAGCAGAGCUUCGACUUGCUGCUCUUCCGGUCCCUGCUGGAAGGCAACACCGACACCACGCUGCUGGAGACCCAGGACGAACAGCUGGACCAGCUUGAGGGAAGGGAGGCGCUGGAGAACCAGAACCAGGACUACACGUAACAGACUGUCAGACCCUGCUGCAGCAAAAUGAGGGUUUUCUAAAGGGACUCUGGUGCUCAGAAACACUACCACUUCUGUCCACAGGGACCGCCAGAAUCAACACGAAAUGAAAGUUCCCUGUGGUAACUUUAAAAUAAGCUAAACCUUAACAACACCUCACCAUAUUUUCAAAUGCUGUACAUUACACAUAUUUAUUGUAUACAGACCACCCAAUGCAUUAUCAAGGAUUAACAGAAAAGCGUUAGAUGUGGUUGUACAUUGCGACUUGUUUCUUAAGUAUUUUCUCUUUUUUCACAUGAAUAAAGUCUCAUUUAUAUUGUUUGGUGUUUAAUAAAGAGAUCAGUGUUGGA